AUGGAGAAGAAGAUCACCGAAAAGAUCGCGGCGUUGCCGCCAGAUGCCAGCUACUUUUCUUUGGAGUUCUUCCCUCCAAAGACCCGGAUGGGCUUUGCAAACCUGUCCGCGCGUCUGGAGCGGAUGGCUCAGGCACUUCGUCCGCUGUUCGUGACUGUUACUUGGGGUGCCGGUGGUAGCACAGCGGCCAGAUCCCUCGAGCUGGCGGAAGUAUGCCAGCGGCAACUACAACUGACGACCGUCCUUCAUCUGACAUGUACCAACAUGAGCCGCAAACUGGUGGAUAUGGCGCUGGAUGAAGCGAAGGUUCUAGGUAUCCGCAACAUUUUGGCUCUGCGUGGAGACCCGCCCCGCAGCGAGGAAUACAACAUGCAUGGAGAGGAUGACAGCAACAAAGAUUUCACAUUUGCGAUUGAUCUAGUGCGGUAUAUUCGCCAGACACAUGGCGACUACUUCUGUGUUGGUGUUGCUGCAUACCCAGAGGGCCACCCUGUGGACUCGUUCCAGGAUGUUCGGGAUCCAGCCAGAGAUAUUCCUCACCUGGUUGAGAAGACGCUAGCUGGGGCAGACUUCAUCAUGACUCAACUGACCUACGACAUCGAGGCGUACCAGAAGUUUGAGGAUAUGCUCCGCAACCAUGAAUCGGGCGCUUUCAAGACCAUCCCCAUCAUCCCCGGCUUGAUGCCAAUUCACAGCUAUAAGAUCUUGACUCGGGUGACAAAGCUCAGCCAUGUCACAAUCCCGCCUCCCAUUGCGAAGCAAAUGGAAGAACUGAAGCACGAUGACGAUGCUGUCAAGCGCGCAGGUGUCGACAUUGUAAGCGAAAUCGUGGGCGGUAUGAAAGAAAUCCGCUCCCCUGGCCCGCGUGGAUUCCAUUUCUAUACCUUGAACUUGGAAAAGACGGUAUCAUUCCUUUUGGAACAAUGUGACUUGAUCCCCGCUUACUCGGAGGCCGGUGAUAUUGCCAUCGAGGAUGAUCCUGCCUCAAUUCCACUCGACUUCCCUGGACGUAUGCGAAGACGUCGUGCGUCUUCUAUCAACUCGCAGCCCCACAACCGUGUCAUCGUGGACAAACUAUCAGUACACGAGUCGUCACAAAAUUCCGUUCAUGAGGCCCGCGCAGACAGCGCAGGUAUGCCGGCACUACCGCCGAACCGAAGCACCACUCUCCUCAUUUCCGAGGGUCUUGGUGCGCUUGGUCGAGAGGCAACAUGGGAUGAUUUCCCCAACGGACGAUGGGGUGAUGCCCGCUCACCUGCUUUCGGUGAGAUUGACGGUUAUGGUCCCUCACUUCAUGUGACUGCCAACACUGCCCGUAGACUCUGGGGUCACCCAGUGGACGCUAAGGACAUGAGCGCCAUCUUCCGGCGCCACGUAUCAGGAGAGCUGCACAUGGUUCCGUGGUCAGAGGGAGGUGCCGAGGAAGACGGUGAAGGUCUGAACGCCGAGACCGAGUUGAUCCGACCGGAGCUGCUGAAGCUCAUUGACGGCCGUGGCUGGUGGACACUGGCCUCACAGCCCGCAGUGAACGGUGUACACAAUGACCACCCCAUCUUCGGCUGGGGUCCCCAACGAGAGGGAUUCGUCUUCCAGAAGCCAUUUGUGGAAUUCUUUUGCUCAAACAACGACUACACCAACAUCCUGAAGCCGAUGUUCGCGAAGCACGGCCACGAUAAGCUGACCUGGUUCGCUACUAACAUCAAGGGGGAUUUCGAAUCAUCUCUCCCCACUCAGCCUGCUGACAUGGAACUCGAUGAUCUCGGUUCCAACCCCGAGAGCGUCAAUGCUGUCACCUGGGGUGUCUUCCGUGGCAAGGAGAUUGUCACCCCAACCAUUAUCGAGGAAGUCAGUUUCCGUGCUUGGGGCGAGGAGGCCUUCCGAAUCUGGGACGAAUGGCGUCGCAUCUACCCCCGCGGGUCUCCCAGUGAAACCUUCCUCGACACAACCAAGAAUGACUCCUGGCUGAUCUGCGUUGUCGGCCAGCAGUUCGGUGCCGGCACCAAGCGCGGUUCCAAGGAAGAGGAAGAUGAGGUCAAGUGGAUGUGGCGAGUUCUGGCUGGCGAGGAGGCUUAA